AGCCCUGAGCUCAUCGACUCACUCGUUUGCACGGACGACGGCCGACCGUCGUCAUUCUCCUUUCUUUCGGCAUCGGAUGGUGUGUGGAAAAUUCGAUCUCAUUGCAAAUUUCGCGUAAAUUGUCAUUAAGUGAAAAUCCAGGACCAGAAAAGGUGCGCUUCGAUCCAUUCGAUCUUGGAAGUCCUUCCAGGAUGCGUUACAGUUUGUUCUCAGUUCCGACAUAAUCGGCGGUGAUUACAGCAGGAUUAGGCUGGUGUCACAGGAAAUACCUGCAGUGUCCAUUUCCACAUAGAUAGUGAACAGCUAUUGGACUGUGCGUGCCGUGCUAUUUGACUGUGACAGCACUCGGGCAAGUUUUCAGCAAGUUUCGGUGAUCCAAGAGCCAUCGAGGAAGCCAAGGAGUUUCGCUGAACUGAAAUUUAUUGCAUUUUUCCGAGCGGGCAGAGUGCAAGAAAAGUCGAAAGAAUUGUGACCCGUUUUCUUCACUGGAAAAGCAGAGUGCCCUAAUCGCGCAAUAGUAUUUCCCUAGAGUGGGAGUGGGAGUGGGAGAGUAGUGGUGAAAGUGUGCCGAGCGGCUCGGGAGGAAAUUUUCCUCGGUCGUAUAUUUUCGCACACUGCUUGACGGGAGUGCUCACACAUACAUACUCACAUAAACACUCACUCGAGGAGCGAAGGAGAUUUCUCACCACAGUGAGCAAAGGUGUGAGACAACAGAAACGUGAGAGCGAGAAAAUGGAAUCCGUCAGCAUGAUAGAUGCCAAUGGUGGUGGUGGUGCCGAUUCGGAUGGGACACCCAUGUUGAUCAAAGUGGCCAAUACUGAUCCCCCGCCGCAGCCAUCACCUUCGGCUCCCCCUUCAUCGACGGAACAGUACUCUUUGGAGGAACCAGGAGGCGACAAAGGCCAGUCGGAUAAGCUCGCCGUGCACCUGAUUGUCAGUUUUCGCUAUAUCUGUGUCUUUACGUUGAUCCUUCCACUGGGAACGCUGUUUGUGUGCUUCGUGUCGGCGUACGUCUUCCAGCCAGAGGAAAUCCACGAAACCCAUUGUCGGGUGUACAACGUUAUCCCUUCGAUCAGUGCCAUCACGGGCGUCAGCCCACAGCGGUAUCUGUGGCGCAUUUCGAUAGCACUCCACGUUGGACCGAGGAUCAUAAUUGCCUUCGUCUACAAAAACUUCUACCGCGUGCUGAUCAAGGAGCUCAACGAUUUGCUGAAUAUGAAAAAGGCGAAUUACCUGCUCAAGAUAGUCCACUGUUUGAACAUCGUGGAAAUCAGCGCCCUAUGCUGCGUUACCUAUGUUUCCAAUAAGGAAAAUUACCCCAUCCACGAAAAGGUUUUCAUUGUGUUUAUGGUCGCAUCGCUGUCGUACAUGCUGGCGACGCUAAAGCUGCUGAAAGUCCUCCAUCCGAACGGGCCGCAGACGGCCGAGGAGGAAACCUCCCUCCGAUACAAGAAGGCCUUCUUUGCCCUCUCGAUCGCCUCCACUGUUGGGUUGAUCUUGUUUUUCCUGAAGCAUCGCUUCCUGUGCCACGAUUUGGCCUUCAGUUGGUUUGCCCUGUGCGAGUACAUCGUGGCGUCGGCUAAUAUGGGCUUUCACUGUACCACGAUGUUGGACUUUCCGACGGAGGAUUUCCUGAUUGCCAAAAAUGCGAACCGAUACCGGAAGAAGCACGCUUCGAUUAGUUGGAAGCUGGAUUGAGGAGGAGCAUCGCAGUGCCAAUCGGUGCGGCCAGCCUCAUCGUCUUCGUCGUUGUCGUCGUCAUCGUCGUUAGUGCCACGCUCUGUGGUGGUUUGGUAUAUAGUGAAUUUUUAAGUUAAGUAGGUGAAGAAUUUAGGAAAGGAAGCCAAGUAAGUACCGAAUUGGAAGCACAAUUGGCAACAUUUCGGAGCGCAAUCGUUGCUUCUGAGGGGUGGUUGGAAAAUUUUCCUUUCAAUCUGUCAUGAGGAAGCAAUUAGUGUAGGUAGACGUAGUUUAGACAUUCCUGGUUUGAAUUUCUACUGAUUUCCUUGUAUUCUUCCUGCCCCAUUCCACUUUUUAUGAGCGAAAAUAUGGCAGACGCGGCCAUAUUUUAUUGAUGGUAUUGAAUGUCACAAAUUGCAUAUUCUGCCAUCAGUGCUGGUAGAAAAUUCCCUUUUGUUUAAUCAGUUGACAUUCCUUUCUGUCUUAUUCGGUAUCCUUUUCAACCAAAUUCUCAAACUGUACUUCAACAAGAAGCGCACGCGUCAGGAAAGUAUAGUAACACUUUAAAAUGAAAUUCAACAAAACCGUAAACAGUAGAGGAUUCCUCACUAAGAUUCUUUCUAAACCAAAGCAACUGCAGUAGAAGAGAGAUUUUAAGAUAUUACUAAAUAUUAACCUAAAGAACAAACCUGUAUAGUCAAAAUCUAUGAAGGCUAAAAAACACAUCUAGGAUAUGGAGAGAAACGUUCUAGUCCUGAUUGUAUUUAGAGCAGAUGAGUUGUUGAGCAAACGCCUACACUCACAGACAAAAAUUGGUACCUAAUAAUCUGCAGUAAUGUACGUAUAUAGUUAUUAUUUUUCACUUAUUCCCCUUUAACGAAACUCAAGAAAAAAAAUGUAAUUGGAAUCGAUAUUGCUGCAAUUGAAUGGUAUCGCGCGACAAUUAAUUUUUAAGCAGACACUCACUCACACACACACACGCAUUAGAGAUUUAAACAAGUUGUUUCGUUAGCCAUCGUCAACAAAGUCAACUGUCUAGUAAAUAGACACAAGGGUAUUAUUUUAUGUAUGAAUCCGGAACCCCCACCCCCCAUCAAUGUAUACAUACAUAUACUAGUCAAUUUGCAUGUGUGAUAUUUUUCUAUUGUAAUUAUCUGUGGUUUUAUUUUGUCAAAAUUGGCGUAACAAACUUAGCUAAAUCGCUGUAGUCGUGAGAUCUCCCGCUGUGUCGGAACAGAGAGACGCUGUUCCAUUGUUUACCUUUCAAGUAUGUUUUAAGUUCAAUUGGCUCGCGCUCCCAUUUACUGUUGUUACUCGAUGAAUUAUAGGAGAUAUACAGACCCGAAGAAACCAAAGGACGCGAAAAUCGACACAAACCAAAUGUGGCAAUUACAUAUCAUCGGACGGAAUUACAACUGAACUAUUUAUUGAAAAAGCUUCCCUUCCUCCCAACCUGAUCCGCACACAAAAUCUUUUCCAAUCUCGAGCAAAAUAAAAACAAAA